AUGGAAAACUUAAAUAUUUUCAAAAGCAAUACACCUAAUCACAGACAUGCCUCCAAAAGUAUGAGAAUUUACACAAACAACCACGAAAUUCAAUGCUCUUGCUACUCUGAGUCUAGAAGCUUCAUUACCCGCAAAUAUUUACAGUUUAUCCCGCGGCAUUCAUUACUUUCAUGCCCCCGAGCAGCAAUGUGGCUUUCUAAGUGCGGCCCGCCUAGAAACGCUGAUGAAAUCUAUCAAGACUUAUUGGAAAGUAACUUCGAAACCCCGCAGUACCUCGCAAGUGUAAAGCAAAUUGAGCUCGACUUAAAUCGAACUUUUCCUGAUGAAAAUUAUUUCUCGAAUAAAUCGAAAGGCAAAGAAGCCUUGAGAAGGGUGCUAUUGGCAUUCAGCAAAUACGACCACGUGCUCGGCUAUGUGCAAGGAAUGAACUUUAUCGUGGCCGCCUUAUUGUGGCACUCCAGUGAGGUUGAUGCUUUCUGGUUAUUUAUCGGGCUCAUGGAAGAAUACGAACUGCGCGAUAUUUAUUUGCCGGCACUUCCUGGGCUUUCAAAGCAUUGCCAGAUAAUUCAGCUGAUUUGUUUGGAUUUAUUGCCAAGGCUGCAUACGCACUUUGCUGAGCACAGGAUAAUAAGCGAAAUGUACGCAGCUGAGUGGUGUUUUACACUAUUCGGAAGUGUAGUGCCUGUGAGAGAAAUGGUGAACAUCUUGGAGCAGUUCUUUAUGAAAGGGUGAAGUUUUUUCUAUAGAAUUGUGAUUGUACUAUUAGGAUGCCUUGAAGAGCAGCUCUUAGCAGCUGAUGAUCUCUUAGAACAUACAUUAAAAUGGCAAGGAGUCAACCAACCCUCUUGAAGCUGAUUCCGCGUCUAGUGGGGUACAAAACUGCGAGGAUGCAAUUCGUCAAUGCGGAUCUGGCCAGGAUUUACUUGAUUUUGCGAAGUGCAAUGCUGGCCUAGCUGGCCAUAUGCUUUAUUCCAAAUCAAGGCCCUUGCCUCUGAGGGAAUGGAGCCAAAAGUUGUAUAUCCUGAGCCUCUUUUUGGCUUCAAUAUCACAGAGGUCAGUUUUCUGACCAAUCGGAAACUAUUUCCAGCGUAAAGCCGGGAGUUAUGUCGCAGGCUUCAGGUUUCUAUCUUAGCUAAAAGUCGAAAAAAUGUAAUUAUCUUGAAUUUCAAUGGCAGGCAACCUUUUUUUGACGCACGGCAUAGCGACACAACUACCAGGAAGCGAAUGCAGGCCCUCGUCAGACAGUGAGCUUUCUAUAAGUAUAAUUAAGAUUGAGAUGACCCCAUAGAAAUUCUGGGACAGCUAAAGAUCUGCCACCAGUCUCAAAAAGAAUGAAAGAGCUUCAUGGCUGUGCUGGAUGGAGGAAAGCGCAAGCUGGAAUGGAGCGAACUGAUUGAAAGAGCAAUGAAUUUAGAUUUAGAUGAUGAUUAUAUAAAAUUCUUACAUAGAAAUUUUAAUGCUGAAACAAGACAGUUUUCUUUGAGAAAGAAACACAAUAAUGUAUAA